GUACGAGGGACUGUUUAACAUUCGACACUUCCAAAGCUCAACUACUUCGAACAACUUCACAUAAAAACACAACUACAUCGUUUCCAUCGACACACACAUUGCUAAGUUUUUUUUCUCUCCAUUUUCUACCCUUAAUCUCAUUCAUACACAUUACCACUUCAAACUCUCGCAUUUCUCUCUCCACAUUGAUCCAUUUUCUUAUCAAAAAGAUUAACGCAUUCCACCCUCAAAUUACAUUAAUUCGAAAUGGCAACAACAACAGUUUCUAAUAUGUCGAUUGCAAUGUCAAGACCUAGGAUUACCCCAUCACAAAAGUUUUCAAAUUUAGGUCCGGCAAUUGUUGGAAGCAGGGUUAAAGUUGGCUCGUGUGCUAAACUAGGAAGUGUUUGUCAUGUUGCCUUGGCAAAACCCUUCCAGCUGUCCUCAACAUCACAUACCUUAAAAUUCGACAAAAUUGUAACAAAGGCAAUGGCCGAGUCCAGUUCAAACAAGCAAGCUACAGGAUUGCCAAUUGAUUUGAGAGGUAAAAGGGCAUUUAUUGCUGGUGUGGCUGAUGACAAUGGAUAUGGCUGGGCAAUAGCAAAAUCUCUUGCAGAAGCAGGAGCUGAAAUUCUUGUUGGCACAUGGGUACCUGCUCUAAAUAUAUUUGAGUCUAGUCUACGACGUGGAAAAUUUGACGAAUCACGCAAGCUUCAAGAUGGAUCAUUGAUGGAGAUUACUAAAGUGUAUCCCUUGGAUGCAGUCUAUGACACUCCCGAAGAUGUCCCAGAAGAUGUAAAAGCUAAUAAGCGCUAUGCUGGAGCUUCAAAUUGGACUGUCCAGGAAGUUGUUGAAUCUGUUAAGAAGGAUUUCGGCACUAUUGACAUACUUGUGCACUCACUUGCUAAUGGACCAGAGGUCAGUAAACUAUUGUCCGAGACGUCUCGGAAAGGAUAUCUAGCUGCCUUGUCCGCAUCUAGUUACUCUUAUAUUUCUUUACUAAAACACUUUCUUCCAAUCAUGAACCAAGGUGGAUCUUCGCUAUCUCUAACAUAUAUUGCUUCAGAGAGGAUUAUUCCUGGGUAUGGUGGGGGUAUGAGUUCUGCUAAAGCUGCUUUGGAAAGUGAUACAAGAGUGCUUGCUUUUGAAGCUGGUAGAAAGAAAAGAAUCAGAGUUAAUACUAUAUCUGCAGGUCCACUUGGAAGCCGUGCUGCGAAAGCCAUUGGUUUCAUUGAUAUGAUGAUUGAUUAUUCAUUUACGAAUGCACCACUACAGAAAGAACUACAUGCAGAGGAGGUAGGCAACGCUGCUGCUUUCUUGGCAUCACCCUUAGCAUCAGCUAUCACUGGUGCUGUCAUAUACGUGGAUAACGGACUAAACGCCAUGGGAGUUGGAGUUGACAGUCCAGUAUUUAAAGACCUCGACAUUCCAAGGGACCAACAUUGAAAUUGAAAUUAAACUGUUUUUUUUUCAAUACCAAAUCCGGAUUAUUCUAUUCAACUAAGACAUGCGGUCUAUGAUGACGAACAAACUGUAAGAGUUAGUAUUUACAUUAGUAAGUGGUUGUUUUAGCUUUAUAAUCAUCGAUUUUCAUCAAGUGUGAUCCACUUUGAAUUGUCAUCUACAUAAUGUAUCAAAUAAUUUGGAGAGUCCUAAUUUUUGAAUGGGUGUGUGAAUGGUAUCGCUGCCACCUAUAGACUAAUUUGAUCAGCAUUUAAGAUUUUUGAUGUCA